UUUGGUGGUCACGUGAUCUACCUCACUGGUCUCCGCCGGGGCUACGGAUAUGUACCCUAUCACCAUCACAGGUUAUCACCCCCAUCAACCAUCUUCGUGUCAUCUCUCCCAUCAUUGCAUUUAAGGGGUUCAAGAUUUCAUCUCGUCUCCAUUGGAGCAAAAUCAAGACAAUCAAUCUUCCCUAAGAGACAGAGUGGUUGCCCCGAAUAAAAAAAAUCAAAUAUUUAUUUUAGCAGCGACACGAAAUGGUCGAAAGUAACGAUCAUGGAGCAUUUUGAUGUGCGACAAGUACCAUGUCUCAGUGCUUAGAGGGGGUCAAGCAUUUAUUUGCUUCCCUGCUCCAUUGCUGUGAUCUUGAAGCAUACAGACAAUUAACAGCCCUUGAAGAUCCUGAAAUUCUAGCCAGAGAGACAGUGUUUAGUGUAAGCGAAAUUGAAGCACUUUAUGAGUUAUUUAAGAAGAUUAGCAGUGCUGUGAUUGAUGACGGAUUAAUCAAUAAGGAAGAGUUCCAAUUGGCAUUAUUUAAGACAAAUAAAAAGGAAAGCCUAUUUGCUGAUCGGGUGUUUGACUUAUUUGACACAAAGCAUAAUGGAAUCCUUGGUUUUGAAGAGUUUGCUCGUGCACUAUCAGUAUUUCACCCAAAUGCCCCCAUCGAUGAUAAGAUCGAGUUUUCCUUUCAACUUUAUGAUCUCAAGCAACAAGGUUUCAUAGAGAGGCAGGAGGUGAAGCAAAUGGUGGUGGCUACUCUUGCUGAAUCCGGCAUGAAUCUUUCCGAUGAUGUCAUUGAGAGUAUCAUUGACAAGACUUUUGAGGAAGCUGAUACAAAACAUGAUGGGAAGAUAGACAAGGAAGAAUGGAGAAGCCUUGUGCUGCGACAUCCAUCCCUCUUGAAGAAUAUGACCCUUCAAUACCUCAAGGACAUCACAACAACAUUCCCGAGCUUUGUUUUUCACUCAAGAGUUGAGGAUACCUGAUGAAGGAAGCCAUGCCAGACUGCCAGUACCUGAAUUUCUUCAUGUUCAUGUUUAUGCUUAUGCUUAUGCUUAUGUUUUAUGUUUAUGUUUAUGUUUCCAACUUGUUUUGAUAAGUUUUGCUCUGGUUGAAUUAAGCAAACAUGAUUAUCUGUUUGUGGACAUGAAUUAUUCUUAUGAUUUCAAAAGUUUGCCUUAUUUGUUGAAUAUUGGAAUUGAUUGAUUGGUAUUAAAAGCCAUUUCCACA